CGAGCCGUGACAGUGUCACAAUCGGCCACGCUCCAUGUAUAAUGCCCUCCUCUUCUGGAAAUCCACACUCUACUGCUCCCGCCAUCGCGCUAUUACACUUUCCAGAGCCCUCCUUUCACUCUCUCAGUUGAACCCCAGAGCCACCACGCCCGCCGCCACUAGAAUGAUGAGUUCCUCCUCCGCCUCCGGGUCGGCUCAGCGAAUUUUCCAGCUUAAACUCAACCCACUCACUGGCGACUCGGAAUGGGUAGUCAUAGAAGAAGAAGAAAACGAAAGUGCAAAAUUCGGAAAGCAGCAGCCUCUCCUCGCUACGACGUCGUACCUCGACAUGCUCAACGACACCCCGCGAAACAAAGCCUUCCGUCAAGCAAUCGAGAAGGCCAUCACUAAACCUUGUCACGUUCUUGAUAUUGGUGCUGGAACUGGCUUGUUAUCAAUGAUGGCAGCUCGGGCAAUGAGUUUUGGUGAUUCAGAGGAGAGGUCUGGUAUGAAUGGGAUGGUGACUGCAUGUGAGUCAUACCUUCCCAUGGUGAAAUUGAUGCGAAAAGUUCUCCGAGCCAAUGGCAUGGAAAGGAAGAUACGCAUCAUUAAUAAGAGGUCGGAUGAAUUGGAAAUUGGCUUGGAUAUCCCUUCGCGUGCAGAUGUCCUUGUUAGUGAGAUCUUAGACUCAGAGUUGUUGGGAGAAGGGCUAAUUCCAACUUUACAGCAUGCUCAUGAGAAGCUAUUGGUGGAAAAUCCUCAAACGGUACCUUACCGAGCGACGACUUAUGGCCAGCUGGUAGAAUGCAAUUACUUAUGGGAGCUGCAUGAUUUAGUUAAUAGAGAGGCAAAAGCAUCAGAUGGCAUUCACCUUGUUCCGAGUGGCACGGAUACCGUUUUAUGCAUUAAAAGACAACAAUAUGCGAUGCAUUGUGACACGAUCAGAGAAGAGAUCAAACUGCUGUCAGAACCCUUCAAAAUUUUUGAUUUUGACUUUUGGAAACGGCCAGACAGUUUUAGGGAAACCGAGCUGCACGUAAAGGCUACUAAUGAUGGUACUAUUCAUGCUAUCAUCUCAUGGUGGCUGCUUCAGCUUGAUAGUGAAGGGACAAUCUUUUAUUCCACGGGGCCAAAAUGGAUAGGUAGCUCUUCUGAUGUGGAAAAGAUAGGAUCUUCCCUCCCUCGUGCUGAUAAUUGGUGUGACCAUUGGAAACAAACUGUUUGGUUCACCCCAGAUUCAGGCCUGUCGGUAUGUAAGGACAAAGAGGUUCGUUUGAAUGCUUUUCAUACUGAAACUAGAAUCUCAUACGAAGUGAAGACUUCAUCCCAGAAUAAAGACGCUGAUCAUCUCGACUCAUGCAGUCAAGAUCGUCAUAUCUUUCUAUCACCAGAAAGAAUUGCAAUAUAUGGUGAUAACAGCUGGAGAUGUUCAAUGUUGAAAGCCAUUGAGAGAGUUAUGCAGCAGAAACUUCAUCCCUUAUGUCUGAUUGCAGAUGAUAGCCUUUUCUUAACAAUUGCUUUUGCUCGUCUUGGCAAAGCUUCAAGUGUGAUAUCAUUGUUUCCAGGACUACAAGAUAAGGGCGCCAAGUAUUUGCAAGCAGUUGCUGCUGCAAAUGGUUACAGCAUGGAUUGCAUUGAAGUUACAAAAAAGGGGAACUUGCAGUUGACUCUGAAUGAGUCCUACCAGAGAAAGGUUGAUUUACUAAUUGCGGAGCCAUUCUAUCAUGGAAACGACAGUAUGCUUCCCUGGGAAUAUCUGAGGUUUUGGAAGGAAAGAACUUCACUCGAUUCCUUUCUAUCAGAAGAUGUGCUGGUAAUGCCAUGUAAAGGAAUAUUGAGGGCUUGUGCCAUGUACCUUCCUGAUCUUUGGCAAAGCCGUUGUUGCCUGAAAGAAAUUGAGGGUUUUGAUCAUAUGGUUGUCAAUACAACAUUGGGGGCGUGUGGAGAUUUACCGGUGGGAGACGAGAGUCCUUGUCUGCCUUUCUUUGUAUGGAAAUGUGGGAAGACAAAGAAACUCAGUAACAUAAUUACCAUCAUGGAGUUUGAUUUCUUGAAACCAAUAGGUCCAUGUUCUGGAAAAGCUCAGGUUCAGUUUAAAGAGUCUGGAAUAUGCCAUGGAUUUGUUCUUUGGAUUGAUUGGGUGCUGGACUUGGAGGAUAAUAAUGUGUGGUCGACAGGACCAGAACAACGAUAUUGGAAGCAAGCCGUGAAGCUUUUAAGUAACCCUGUAGAGAUUAUGGGUGACUGUUCGUCAACGGAAAUCAAAGCAUCAUUUGAUCCUUCAAGUGGUGAACUCACGGUAACACAUGGUUUCUCAUGACUCCAAGAUUUCCUUAUUUGCUCUUGUGAAGUCUCGACUUCUUUCUAAAUUUUUUCUUGUUUUGUUGUAAUUUAUUUUGAGUUCAUGCAAGCUUGUCUGCUGCUAUGAUCACCUUAUGGUUAUAGGAUUCUAUAAUGGCUCAAAAUGGCAAAAGUAGCCAUGUACAUGCAAAGAGUAUAAUGACAAUUUUGUAUUCCCUUAAGGGAAGUAGAUAGCAUAUUUUGCAAGUACAAAAUGGAUAGCCAGUUAGUUAACUGUAUUAUUGAAAAUUUUUUUUGUUUGACACUUGCAACCGAUCCAAUCGAUAGUUUGCUGAACGUGUUCUUUAUCA